UGGUCGUGUGGGAGGGUGAUUCAUCUCAAUGCAAAAGAGGGUUGGAUAAACCAUUAUUCCGAAUUCCUAUAAAUGCGGAUUCUUUGAGGGUUUUGCACUUUUUCACAGCUUACUAAUCUAUUUAACAAUGGCAGCCAAGUUGAAGAUCGACAUUAUUAGCGACACAAUCUGCCCUUGGUGCUUUAUUGGCAAACGCAGACUGGAGAAAGCUAUUGAACAGUUCCAGUCUACGAAUCCCAACGUGUCGUUUGACAUUGAGUGGCACCCAUUCCAACUGUCGCCAACAAUGUCGAAAAAUAACCCAAAGUCUAAAAUGGAACACUAUCGCCGCAAGUUUGGCGAGCAACGCGCUGCAGAGAUGGUUCCUUAUAUGCAAAGCGUUGGCGCGCCUGAGGGUAUCAAGUUCUCGUAUGGAGGUGUUAUGGCCAACACAUUGGACUCUCACAGACUCAUCUAUUGGUCCAAACAGUUUGGCAAGCAGAGCGAGCUGGUCGAAGAACUGUUCAAGGACUACUUUGAACGCGAACGCAAUAUUGGUGAUAAUCACGUAUUGGCAGCAGCUGCCGGCCGCGUCGGUCUCGAUAGCGAACAGGCUUUAAACUAUCUCGACUCGGAUGCUGAUGUCGAUUUGGUGAGAGCAACUGCCGAGCGAAACAAGACCGAAAGCAUUAGUGGUGUGCCCAAUUACACCAUUCAACACAGAUUCGGUUUCCCGGGUGCUCAAGAACCGGGAACGUUUACUCAUUUCUUUGAAAAAGCUUUGAGAGAGCUAAAGGAAACCCCUUCGACGCUUUGAGCAGACUUGUUCGAUCAGUUUAAAUAUAGCAAAAA